GCACUGAAGCUGAGAGCAGGAGACAAGCACUGUCUGGUUGCCCGCUCAGAAUGUUACCUGAAACUUGGAGACACAGAAAAUUCCCUGAAAGAUGCUGAAGCUUCUCUCCAAAACGACAAAACAUUCUCCAAGGGACUUUACCAAAAAGCUGAGACAUUAUAUACCAUGGGUGAUUUUGAAUUUGCACUAGUGUUUUAUCAUCGAGGCUACAGACUACGUCCAGAACUACAGAAGUUCAGGCUGGGUAUCGAGAAAUCCCAGGAGGCAAUCGUCAACUGCAUUGGAAGUCCAUCCUCAGUUAAACUGGAAAAUAAAGAGGAUCUGUGCUUUAUAAGCAGGCAAGAAGAGAGCAAGAAAGAAAAUCAGAAACUCCAAAUCAAACUCACUAAGGAUCAAAAAUGGGCAAAGAAACGGGAGCCGGUGAGGAAUCCAAAAACAGAGCGACAGCUUCUUGGAGAGCUUUAUGCUGACAAGGCCUACCUAGAAAAGUUGCUCAAGGAUGAAGAUUUGAUGGCGAGCAGCACAAAGCAGGGGAUCAAAGUGGCGGACCUGGUUUUGAGUGGCAUUUCCUACCUGGACACCCGCAGCGAGUUCUGGCAGCAGCAGAAGCCUAUUUACGCCCGUGUGAGAGAGCGCAAGCUCAGGCAGCAAAGGUGGAUCCGGGACAAGAAACGAAAACCAGCUGAGAUUGGCAGAUACAUUGUGAAGAGUAUGGAGGAGAUUGAUAUGCUGCUGACCGGCGGCUCCCCCGAAGAAGGCUGCCAGAAAGCUGAGCGUGUGCUAAAAACAAUCCAAAGGUGGUCAGAAGAUGAAGUUCCCAACAAGAAGGAACUGAUUGGAACCCUCCACAGCUGCAUGGGGAAUGCUCAGUUAGAGAUGGGCCACCUGGAGGCAGCUCUGCAAAGCCAUAAAAUGGAUCUGGAAUUUGCCAGGCAGAACGAUCUGCCAGGUGCCGUAUCCAGAGCCCUCGAUAACAUCGGCAGAGUUUAUGCCAGAAUUGGCAAAUUCCAGCAAGCUAUUGACACCUGGGAAGAGAAGAUUCCGAUGGCAAAAUCCAGCCUGGAGAAGACCUGGCUGUUCCACGAAAUUGGCCGAUGUUACCUCGAGCUGAAUAAAGCUGAAGCAGCCCAAAACUACGGACAGAAGUCCCUGCAGUCAGCAGAUGAAGAGGGAGACGUUGAGUGGCAACUCCAUGCUGCUGUUCUAGUGGCACAAGCGCAAGUAAAAUUAAAGGAUUACCAGUCUGCAAUCGUGACCUUUGAAAAAGCACUCGAGAAGGCAAAGCUUACUCACAACGAAGCAGCUCAAAAGGCCAUCAUUAUUGCUUUAGACAACGUGAGCAAAAGCUUCAUCGAAGACCUGAACGAAAAAGGAGAAGAAACGACAGUUUACUCUCUUAAAGAUGAUGAUUUCAGCAGCGAAAACACAAAAGAUGACAAGGUGGAGGACAGAGGGAGAGAGAAAAGCGAACAAAGCACGGAGAAUCAAGAAGAUGAACAGCAAGGAGCAGCAGCCAGGAGCUAUAAAGAAGAACAGGGCAACACUAAAGACGGGGGAAAC